CAAUAACAGGAAGAAGUUCUAUCGCGUUCUUGCGACGUCUAAAUUCAGUCGAUUACCAACAAAAACGGAAGAUCAAAACAGUUUCGUCUGAUAAAAGAUCAACGGUAAGACAUGUUAACGAUUACAAACAUGGUAAAUAUGUAUGCUGCAGAAACAAAGCGGCCGUGUGAAAAAUACUUCACAAAAAAAGAUUGUAAUUCAGAUGGCUUAAUACAUUGGGAACUAUUACCGAAACAGAUACUUAUAAAGAUAUUUGAUUAUCUGCAACAGAACGACUUCAUACGCGUGGCGACUGUGUGUCAAUCUUGGCGGUAUGUGGUUAACCACACCCCUAAGUUUUGGAGGAAGAUACAUCUGAGGUUGUCUUGCAAACACAAACCGAUGUACCGUAGAAAAGCUUGCUGGCUUGCUAAAACGAUGGGAAGGUACUUUCAGGAAGUGUAUGUUUCCUGCAAUCACAAACAUGACGGUAUAAAUUGCAAAAAUGUAAGAUACGAGUUUUGUGAACUGUUGUCGUGCUUACCAAACAAACUGAAUCUGACCAAGUUAAAAAUUACCGACCUACUGCUAGAAAGCCCGCUGUGUUUCGUCAUAAGAAUAAUCCGUGUUUUGAUAACGCGCUUGCUGUCCAAACAAGAUCGGUUAGAAUGUUUCCAAAUGUCGUCUGCGAACUGGCCAGUACAUGAAGGCAACAAUGUCCUCUAUGUUCUCUUCAGUGUGGCUAGAGGAACUCUACAGUCCCUGCUCAUCGACGGAUUCUAUGAGGAGAUUUCGUUUGACUAUGGACCGGAAGUGUUCGAUAAUUUGUUCUCCGGAAUUCUUUCUCUCAGCCGCUUGACGAAGCUGGGCAUCGACUACGUGUUCCUGAGUGAUUUUUUUCUAGCAGAGCUUUCUAGGACAUUCGCAGGACAGCUGAAGGUACUGAAAGUCACAACAAGCCAAGUAGAUCGUAAAACCAGCAUCUUAUCCAGGAGCUCUUGGGUUACAUUGACCAAGGCAUGCCCUGCGUUGAAAGUGGCGUUUACCAUUAACGGUAUGUGCUCCCUAUUCAAGACGAUCCGCAAGUUGAGUCCUGUCGUACCCGUCUAUAAGCUCCGGCUGUCGCUCAGGUCAGGACCCAACAGCCCGGAUGUGGGUAGUUUCAGCAUUGCGGCUUUACUGGGACACGUCACCAUGAGCUACAGGCAUACAUUGGUAAAGUUUGAACUUGACUUUGGAAGAAAAAGUGGCUUUAUCGACCUAGCGUUCUUGAUGCUCGUCAAGAAAUGUCAGCACCUGGUUUACGUGGAGACCCCGAAACAGUUCAGUCAUCCGGAGUCGGAGCGGGUUGUCAGGAAUUUGAUUCAACAGAGACGGCGAAAGCUCAACAUGCGGUUACCCGGAUAUGUAGUCAACAAACGAGUAAAAAUAAACCCAGUAAACCAAGCAGGACCGAGCAGCACCAAGCAGGACCAAGCAGGGCCAAGCAGGACCAAGCAGGGCCAAGCAGGACCAAGCAGGGACAAGCAGGACCAAGCAGGACCAAGCAGGACUGAGCACAGCUCACGCCCCAAUACCAUAGGGACUGUCUGAAGAAUGAGACCUGCACGGUUGAGUGAAUCUAGAGAACGGACAGGUGGACAAUGAAAUCAGGACAAACAUCAUUACAUUUUUUCUUGAUGAAAACGGACACACAUUUUCAUUUUUAUUAAAUUGCCAAAAUGUUUUAAAAAUCACAUGUCUAAACUGUAUUAAAAAUAUCAAUUAUUAUAAAACAUACAAGACAUAAAUAGACAAAUGGACACUUUUUCAUCUUUGAUAAAAUACCAAUGCAAUUUUUAAAUUCCCAUGUCAUUCAAUAUUAAAAAAGUAAGAUAAAUAUAAAACAUAAAAAAUAUAAAGAGUACAAAUAACCUCAUCCAACAAAACAUGUUUAGUUCUGACUGUGCUGAUUCCAUUAGAUCAGUGAAGACCUACAACAAUAUCUGUAGACAUUUUUUAAGUUAUUGGAGCACAUUCCAUGAUGUUUAACCUUGUGUUAUGUUUGCAAAAAAAUGAAAAGUGUGGAGUAUUUACAAAGAAUAUGUCUAUUUUUUUUAUUAUAAAACCCGUGUUAGUAUUGUUAUAAAAAAUGUGUAUUCACUAAUUUCAGAACAGUAAUUGAUUUUUGUGUGCAAGGAUACCAUGUGGACUGUUUUACAAAUAAAUUUAAUAAUAUAAAAUAACAAAUAAUGAUAGCAUAUCAUCUUUUAUUUUAAAAAAGCAA